UCCCUUCCUCCUCCCGAAACGAUGGGUCUCUUGAUGGCCACAUAUUACGGCCGCGCCGGGGGCAAGCAGGCAGGCAAGCAAGCAGGCAUGAAGAACGAGCGAGUCGCGAGGGGGGUGCCGUUGCAUUCGCAAGCGAUUUUCCGGAGGCGCGGAUUACCCACACCCUCUGAUACAUACAUAUCCCUAUAUUGAUAGUCGGACAGGGUCCUUCGUUCAUUCCUUCCUUCGUUCGCUGGUUCGUUCGCUGGUUCGCUGCUUGGUUCCAGGAGAAAUAAACAAGAAGAAGCUUGGCCGUGGUGGUGGUGGUUGUCCGCGUCUCCAUUCCAGUGUCCACCCACCGAUCAUCAAUAUCCAUCUAUAUAUCAGGCACGUUGACGUCGAGGCUUCGACAUCGACUGCAGCCAGCCAGCCCUGUGAGUGCUUCAACAACAUAUCUGUAACUGCAUACUCGCCAUGACUUCAUCCGUGCUCUACAUGGGCGGAGAGUAUACACCGAACACCACCGCGCCCUGCCUUACCCUGUCCUGGACCGACUGUGGAGUGCGGAGUGCGGAGAUUCCGGGGGUGUCUGGGGUAAGUAGAGUAGACCUUCUCCACGCUUUUGGCGUGGAAGCCGCCCAAUCACAAGACGAGGCCACGACAGGUACGAGAGAGAGAGAGAGCCGCAGUGUCCUCCGCGUCAUAAAUUCCCAACGAAAGGAGGCAAGCAAAGUCGGGAUUCGCAGCCGUCGAUGUCUGUCUGUGUGCGUACUGUUGUGCCACCGUUGCGGGGGCGGGGGCGGGGCGGCGAAGUGCGGGGAUGUGUGCUGCAAGUUGCAAGUUGCAAUUCUUGUUCCGCUCAGGCUCGUUGCGGGUGCGCAUCCUCCAGACUCCAAAGUUGCCUACCUAAGAUCUACCGAUGCUGAUACUGAUGCUGAUGGCGGCUUUGUGGUUCGUAUCCUUCAUACCAUAGCACUGCUCAUCAAUCCCUUUCUCCAGCUCCGUCGGUUGCACGAUGUGGGGAAGAAGCAGAAGACGAGAACGGUGUGGCCGCCGACUGUAACUCGGCAACUUGUAAGGCGGCGAUAUGUAUCCAGCCCCAGAAUCCAGAAUCCAGAAUCCAGAAUCCAGAAUCCAGAAUCCAGAAUCCAGAAUCCAGAGAUCUAUUGGCACGCUUACGGCAACUGGCUCCAACCUCCACGGGGUAACUACUAG